ACAAAAUUUCAAAAGUAGGGGUUGGUCACGGGGAAGUCAAUGGGAUGGUUUUAUUUCUGUGUAAUAUCAAUGACAUGGAAAACGCAGUAAGGGGACUCUCGGAGUGUGAAAUGCAGUUUCUACCUGUGCACGUCUCACUCCCUGAUAAAAUACAAGCCCCUGGUAUGGAGAGUCCAGAACUGAUUGUCAAUGAUGGUUGUGGAGCAUCUGCCGAUAUUCAAUAUCGGGUGAGGAAUAGUGAGCAAAUGUGUGACCCUGCUGAUCCUGAUCAACUCCGAAGAAAGCUGAAGUUUUUCUUCAUGAAUCCAUGCGAAAAAUUUCAAGCUCGUGGUCGUAAGCCAUGGAAACUGGGAGUGCAGCUCCUAAAAAUAGCAAUGGUUACUCUCCAGUUGGUUCUGUUUGGACUGAGCAAUCAAAUGGUUGUGCUCUUCAAGGAGGAGAACACCAUCGCUUUUAAAUAUCUCUUUAUUAAAAACUACGCAGAUGCAACUGAUAAUGACAAUGACUUUGCAAUCUACACACAGAGUGAAGUCUAUGAGUAUCUCUCGUUUAUAUUCAGUCAGUAUGUGCAACUACAUAAGAUCUCAGUUGGCAAUCAUGCCUAUGAGAGGAGAGGGACAGAUUUAACACCACUGACCGUCUGUCAGUAUUUUUAUAAGUGGGGCAGUGUCAGUUCUGGCAAUGAGUCCUUCAACAUUGACCCAAAGAUUGAGACAGAAUGCUUUGACAUGGAGCCAGUGUUACCUAUGUCCAGUGGACACACAACAGACAAUAAGCUGAACAUGACGUUGCAUUUUCACAGGCUGGUGAUGGUUCAGGUUCAUUUCACACUGAAGGCGAUUAAUCUACAAACAAUCCGUCAUCACGAGUUGCCAGACUGUUAUGAUUUUUCAGUUACAAUUACUUUUGACAAUAAAGCACACAGUGGAAGAAUCCAAAUUAACUUGGACAAUGAUGUUUCCAUUCGGGAGUGUAAACGCUGGCAUGUAACUGGGGGCAUACAAAGGAACACUCACUACAUGAUGGUCUUUGAUGCCCUUAUUGUUGUGAUUUGUUUGAGCUCGUUAAUUCUCUGCACUCGAUCUGUUAUCAAUGGGAUAAAGCUGCAGAAUGAGUUUGUUGACUUCUUCUUGCUCCACUACAAUAAAAACGUGGCGUGGUCUGAUCGCAUGGAGUUUGUUAAUGGCUGGUACAUCCUGAUCAUCAUUAGUGAUUUGCUGACCAUCAUUGGAUCUGUCCUAAAAAUGGAAAUUGAGGCGAAGAGCUUUGCAUCCUAUGACGUUUGCAGCAUCUUGUUGGGAACAGCCACAUUGCUGGUUUGGGUUGGAGUCAUCCGAUAUUUGGGCUUUUUUGAAAAGUACAAUGUCCUUAUUAUAACGCUGCGAGCAGCCUUCCCCAAUGUUAUUCGGUUUUGUUGCUGUGCCUCUAUGAUUUAUCUGGGUUACUGCUUCUGUGGCUGGAUUGUACUUGGACCCUACCAUCAAAAGUUUCGAUCCCUGAAUGUGGUUUCCGAGUGCCUCUUCUCAUUGAUCAAUGGGGAUGACAUGUUUGCCACUUUCGCAGCAAUGCAGGACAAGAGCUACGUUGUCUGGGUGUUCAGUCGCAUCUAUCUGUCCACCUUCAUCACCCUCUUCAUCUACAUGGUUCUAAGUCUCUUCAUAGCCCUGAUUACUGACACUUACGAAACUAUCAAGCUUUACCAGCGGAACGGCUUUCCUCAGACUGACCUGCGUGUAUUUAUAGCAGAGUGUAAAGACCUGCCAGAUUCUGGCAGGUAUCGAGUGGAAACAGAGAUGCCCCUCUCUCUCACUUGCUGCUGUCGCAGGUCUGACACUGCAACAUAGAUGCGCAAAGGAGGCCUUUUAGCCUUUUCAAAUCUGGCCUGACAAGUGGAGACUGUUAACGAGUUUGGGAUGCUGGUGAGAAAGGGAAAACCUGGUGCUCAUUUGUUUCAGUUCAUGUUGAGCUGACCUGCUCUCAAACAGCAAGGGGACACAACUGGAGUUGCGACUGGAUUUUCAGCUUUGAAUAAAUGAUCAUCUUCCCAAGACAAAUAUCAACUGCUGCACUUUGAAAUGAUGUUUAACACGAGGGUUCUGUGACUGCAGAUGGGGUUGUCUAACAGUACAGGUUUAGCCCUACACAAGUUGUGAUUGUCUUAUUGUCUUAAUACUCUUCUCCUGCCUGUUUGAUCUGUGAGUCUACUAUAAUGUUAAGACCUUGUCAUUGUUAAUGUCUCUAAUUUUAGGGUGAACUGUUAGCUAGCGUCCUUUAUUUAAAAAAAAAAAGAAUUUUGUUCAGUGCAAUUAUCCUGGAGCUCUGAGGAUGGUAACUCUGUCCGAUUCUCUAAGUAUUGCUGCAAGGGACUCAGUGAUUGUUAGCUAUUGGCUUGGGGAUGGGGGAACUGUCUUUUAGUUCAACAGCUUGCCACCUAAACCCAAAUCUCAAAUGGAUUCAAUCAUCUGUGUUGGCAGUGAAGAGGAAAAAUCCAGCAAAUAUUAGAAUGAAAAUCAAAGUACUGGAGAAAAUCUGGAUUCAUCCAAGUGCGAGUGAAGUAGAAUCGCUUUGAUGCUAGUUGCAGACUCGUUGUUAUACACAUUGUGUCUUUAUUUCUGUUUUCUGCUGUCUUCAUUGUUUUUUUUAUUCAUGCACAGAAUUCCUGGGUUUUCUAGUGGGUUGUUGUGUGGUCCCCAAAUGAUGGGGGUGAUGGAGAGAUUUUGGAAAGUUUGAAUAAAUAUUGACACCAGGUCAUGUUACAAACCAAAAUGUGACUGUUAAUAAUGAGCUAAUUUGGAGCCAACAUUCAAUCAUUUUAUAUAUUAAUCAGUUGGAUUCUGUGAAUUGUAAUAUGUUUGGGAAAUCUUAAUCAGAAUGAGGAAUAUUGCAAAUAAAUAGGAUUUUGUCUAUGG